AUGCCAUUUCCCUGGAUCUCCCUGAAGAGCGCGGCGCCGCUCCAACCCAACAGACCCUCUCCACAGCUCAGACCGACCCUGAAUGCUUUCGUCGAUGGCACAAGCAGCACCACAGCUGCCCCUUCCCUCGAUGCAUACCACACACAUGGCUUGAGGGAAGUCCCGAACUGCCUUGAUAGUCACAGCCCAGAGGCACUCGUCACGGGCCCGACAGACGGUGUGGGCCACUUUGCGCGCAGCCCACGAGCACAGGGGGAAGACGAGGUCCUGCGAUGGCUGUCGUCUCCGGGACAGGAGACGCUGUCCCGGGUCCUCGCAGCAAGGGACGCCGCACGAGUAGAGGCGCUGUCUCGACCUGCCACGCCGCUGGAAAAGCCAUCGCCUGCGCUGCCGAGGCUGCGGUUCGAGCCGCUGCGGGACAUGCUCGCCGGCACGGAGCUGGAAGCGUCCCUCGGGGCCGGGCUGGUCUCACCACCAGCUGCAGGUAUGGGUGUUGCCAAAGAGGAGAGCUUGCGAUAUCGGGCCUCCGUGUCGGUAGACGCUGACGAAGAUGUGCGGCGCUGGAAGCCGAGAUGGAAGCGGAUGGGGAUAUCGCACCUGUAUCCCGAGCUGUUUGGCAGCUCUCUCGAGAGCACGGCGUCUGCCACCAGUACGCUGUCCAGGUUUGCAACUCUUUACCGGGAGCCGGUGUAUGACUUUAGCGAUGAUGAGUCGGCAGAAGAGGAUGGCGACUUCUAUGGGGACAUGGCUUCCGGGGAUGUGGACGGUUAUGAGUGGAACGACGAGCAUGAUUCCUAUUCACCUAGUCUUCGCCGUGUUGUCACUAACGGGACCAUCGUCGGCGAUGACGCCGGUGACGACCAGGUACUCCCGCUAGCAUCUGCUAUCGUCAAGCGUGCCAACCUUGUUGAAAUCACACAUGGCAUCCCGAGGCUCGUCCGCCAAAACGCGACCCUAGGACAGGAGAUUCCCGUGACAGUGGGCCAUCCCACUCGAGGCCGAGUCGUUUGCAUCGAGAACCGCAAGGUAGGCCCCGAGAGCGAUGGCGAGCUACGAGUCGAGACUGACGAGCGUGAGCGCAGCGACAGAGAGCACCGAGAUGUGGAACGUGAACAUGACAUGGCGCGCAGCGACAGCUGCUGGUUUGACGAGGAGGACACAAUGGCAGUACCCGCCGAGGUCGGUCUGGGACUCUUCCUCCUCUGA